GUGUCUCAAGGUUUGGCAGGGGGACGCCUGUGGUAGGCGCGCGGGGUAGAGAGGGGGGCCUCGGCGGGUUUGGGGCCAGGGAAGGGGCGUGGAGCGAAAGCCAGAGGUCAGGCGCCGGCGCCCAGCUCGUUUGAAGUCAUUGUUUGUUGCAGGGAGACUCGGUCACUUGGUGGGGACGCCGGAGGGUCCCGGAGUGGGGGUAAGCUCCUGAUCCUGAGCCCGAAGCCUCUUGCUGCGGCUACUAGGAGCGAGGGUGGAGGGUGGGCGCGGGGGGCGAGUUCUGCAGUCAUCCCUUCUGACCCCCUGGGUUCAUUGAGGGCUGGGCCUCGUGAGCAUUUGGCUCACCUCUGCCCUCUGGCCCUCGCGUUCCCCCGGGAUGCGGACUCCAGUCAGUAGGCGAAGCUUGAUCCUGGACUAGACUCUACGCUGCCCAACAGCUGCUGUUACCGCAUGGUGCCGCACAGUUCCAGGCUCUUGGUGUCCCGAACAAAGAUUUGGACGAGACAUACAGAGAUAGCAAAGCAGCAAGUUUAUUAAACACAGUAUUCCACUCUCGGAGUGGGGAGAGCGGACUGACCUCUGCGAGAUAAAAUCAGCACCUGCUUGGUAUAGUUUGGGUCUUUUUUUUUUUUUUUCCCGAGACGUAGUCUCGCUCUGUUGCCCAGGCUGUAGUGCAAUGGCGCGGUCCCGGCUCACCGCAACUUCCGCCUUCCGGGUUCAAGUGAUUAUCCUGCCUCAGCCUCCCGAGUAAGUAGCUGGGAUUACAGGCGCCCGCCACCACGCCCGGCUAAUUUUUGUACUUUUAGUAGAGAUGGGGUUUCACCAUGUUGGCCAGGCUUUUUUUCUAUUCCUAAGGCUGCCUAAUACCUAGCCAGUGUUUACCUUUUUGAAUGAUAGGUGUGUUCCUUACUUUGGCUCCUGUGUGCUUCAGGGCCGCCUCCAUUCCAUAAUUUUAAGUACAUGCAUGAUAUGCCGUCCAUACGCAUGAGCGCUAAUGAGCUGGUUAUCCUUAUCACGUUAAGGAUACUUUUUGUCUUUAAUGCGCGUGCUUAUGCCUAAAGAGCUGCUCCUUACUGGUUUGGUUCUGAUUUCCCCAGCCAUGGGAGUUUUACUCAGUUUUUUUUAUUUUAUUUUAUUUAUUUAUUUUUUAUGUUGAGACGGAGUCUCGCUCUGUCGCCCAGGCUGGAGUGCAGUGGCGCGAUCUCGGCUCACUGCAAGCUCUGCCUCCCAGGUUCACGCCAUUCUCCUGCCUCAGCUGCCUCCAGAGUAACAGGGACUACAGGCGCCCCCCACCACGCCCGGCUAAUUUUUUUGUAUUUUUAGUAGAGACGGGGUUUCAUCGUGUUAGCCAGGAUGGUCUCCAUCUCCUGACCUUGUGAUCCUCCCGCCUCAGCCUCCCCAAGUGUUGGGUGUGAGCCAACGCGCCCGGCCUUUACUGUUUUUAAUCUUCCUUUUGUUUUGUCUCCUCAGCUUCUGCCAUUUAUCUUGCUUCUUGCUGGGUGAGCAAGAAGGGGCGGGUGCCUCUUCACCUUGCUUUUGCUCUCUGCUUUUACGUAUUUUGCUCUUUAUCCAACUUUUAAUUCCCUUUGCUAUUCUUCUGCCUCAUUUUCCCUAUUCUUCUGUCUCACUGCCAGUCACCAACCUUAAAUGCCCGCGAGGUAACUGGAAACAUUGCACAACUGCACAAUCUCCUGCAUCUGUAUCUUUGGGGAGCACUUUGUACCAGAUUCCAGGUUUGUGAGGGCUGGUGGGACAAGGACCGUCCUUCCUCAAUUCAGUCAAACAAUUUGUAAACCAAAAAGUAUCUGAGACAGGUCUCAAUAAAUUGACAGGUUUAUGUAGACAAGGUUAAGGACAUGCCUGGGAAAAAAGAAACACAAAACCCCAGGAACAAUCUGUGAUCCGUGGUUUUUUCCAAAUAUAAUUUUAAGGGCUUCAGUAUUUAAAGGGGAAAAGUGGGCUGGAGGGGAAAGAGGGAGAGUAUGGUUACAUUAUUUAGUCUACAUGAAGAAUACUCCAUUAUGUAUUCAUUUGGUGCUCAGUAAAUUGGCACUUUCCAUAACAUAAAGUAAGCUACCUGUGGAGAUAUCUGGCCUUUAAAAAAAAUUUUUUUUGAGGCUAGGCACGGUGGCUCACGCCUGUAAUCCAAGUGCUUUGGGAGGCCGAGGUGGGCAGAUCACGAGGUCAGGAGUUCGAGACCAGCCUGGCCAACAUGGUGAAACCCAUCUCUAUUAAAAAUACAAAAAAAAAAAUUAGCCAGGUGUGGUGUCAGGCACCCGUAAUUCCAGCUACUCGGGAGGCUGAGGCAAGAGAAUCGCUUGAACACAGGAGGCGGAGGUUGUAGUAAGCUGAGAUCGUGCCACUGCACUCCAUCCUGGGCAACACAGAGUGAGGCUGUCUCAAUUUUUUUUUUUUUUUUUUUUUUGAGACAGAGUCUCGCUCUGUUGCCCAGGCUGGAGUGCAGUGGAACAAACUCAGCUCACCGCAACCUCCACCUCCUGUAUUCAAGCGAUUCUCCUGCCUCAGCCUCCUUAGUAGCUGGGAUUACAGGCACGCACCACCACGCCCAGCUAAUUUUUGUAUUUUUAGUAGAGACAGGAUUUCACCAUGUUGUCCAGGCUGGUCUCGAACUGCUGACCUGAAGUGAUCUCCUCACCUCGACCUCCCAAAGUGCUGGGAUUACAGGCGUGAGCCACUGCAACCGUCCUAUUUGCUUUUGAAUGGCAGGAUCCAGAGACUAAAACCACCUUUUAGUAUUGUUGAACUAUACUGCUACAGUGGUUUAAGAAUUCUCCAAGGCCAGGCACGGUGGCUCAAGCCUGUAAUCCCAGCACUUUGGGAGGCCAAGGUGGGCAGAUCACCUAAGGCUGGGAGUUCAAGACCUGCCUGACCAACAUGGAGAAACCCCAUCUCUUUAAUUUUGUAAAAAUACAAAAUUAGCCUGGCGUGAUGGCGCAUGCCUGUAAUCUCAGCUACUUGGGAGGCUGAGGCAGGAGAAUCGCAUGAACCAGGGAGGCGGAGGUUGCGGUGAGUCGAGUUGGUGCCAUUGCACUCCAGCCUGGGCAACAAGAGAGAAACUCCCGGUAUUACAGGCAUGCACCACCAUGCCUAGCUAAUUUUGUAUUUUUAGUAGAGAUGGGGUUUCUCCAUGUUGGUCAGGCUGGUCUCGAUCUCCCAACCUCAGGUGAUCCGCCUGCCUCGGCCUCCCAAAGUGCUAGGAUUACAGGUGUAAGCCACCGCGCCCAGCCUCUCUUCUGCUUUUCUAUGCUAAGGUCUCACAAUGUUUAACCCAUGUACUUUGCUUAAAAAUUCCAGAAACUGGCCUUGAAAAUCUAAAUAUAGGCCGAGUGUGGUGGCUCACACCUGUAAUCCUAGCACUUUGGGAGGCCAAGGCAGGCGGAUUGCAUGAGUUCAGGAGUUGGAGACCAGCCUGGGCAACAUAGUGAAACCCUGUCUCUACUAAAAUACAAAAAAAUUAGCCGGGCAUGGUGGCCUGCGCCUGUAGUCUCAGCUACUUGGGAGGCUGAGGCAGGAGAAUUCUUCUCUUGAACCCAGGGGGCAGAGGCUGCAGUGAGCCAAGGUCACGCCACUACACUCCAGCCUGGGAGACACAGUGAGACUCCAUCUCCAAAAGAAACCAAACAAAAAAAUCUAAAUAUAAAACCAAAGUUGUGGAACAUCCCAUCCCAGGGAAAGAAUCCACACUCCUGUUUUGGUCAAGCUGACACCCGCCAGACCAGCAGGUGGCCCAUUACUCAAAAUAGUAAUGGAAACCAGACAUGCUGACUUGUGCAUCUGAACUCCAUGUCCUGACCCUUAGCUGCAGCUGUACCUCGGUAGAACACUCCUUUUCUUUCCUGUCUUGAUGAUUGUUGGAGCACUCUGUAAUUUUCCCUAUUAAAUGCUUUGGACUGAUUGCUCUGGUAAUUGGUGUUUUCUUGAAAUCCCCACUGGUCCCAUCUUGGGAUGAUUUAGGGCAUUCCUUUAUGGGAAUUCCCCUGCCUCUGCUUUUGGGGAGACUCUAGCCGGGACAAAACAGAUUGGAAGGUCAAAAGUGAGCUGAGGAGGCUGAGGUGCCUGAGGAAGUUUAGAAGCAGCACAUCUUUGCAUUCUCUUAGAAAUCCUGGGUCACGGCCAGGCAUGGUGGCUCACACCUAUAAUCCCAACACUUUGGGAGGCCAAGGUAGGCGGAUCACUUGAGGUCAGGAGUUCGAGACCAGCCUGGCCAAUUGGCGAAACCCCAUCUCUACUAAAAAUACAAAAAUGUGGCAGGCGUCUGUAAUCCCAGCUACUUAGGAGGCUGAGGCAGGAGAAUCGCUUGAACCCAAGAGGCGGAGGUCGCAGUGAGCUGAGAUCAUGCCAUUGCACUCCAGCCUGGGCAACAGAAUGAAACUCCGUUUGAAAACAAAGAAAUGCUGGGUCACACAAGCAUUGACUGUAGUUACCACUUCAUGGUAGGAUUACUGAGAGUCUCAUUCUCCCUUCUUUUUUUUUUUUUUUUUUUUUUUUUUGAGGCAGUGUCUUGCUCUGUCACCCAGGCUGAAGUGCAGUGGCACAAUUCAAUUACAGCUCACUGCAGCUUCCAAUUCCUGGACUCAAGGGGACUCACCUCCUGGGACUUCAGGCAUGCACCACCACGCCUGGCUGAUUUUUUUACUUUUUGGAGAGACAGUCUCACUAUUUUGCCCUGGCUGGUUUCAAAACUCCUGGCCUCAAGUGAUCCUCCCAAAGUGCUGGAAUUACAGGCAUGAGCGACCACACCCGGCCUCAUUUUCCCUCUUCGUGGUGUUUUUCCAGAUUUCUGACACAGAACAUAUGUUACUUUUGUAAUCACCGUGGGUGGAAAAGGAAAUGUUUGCUUUUUCAAAAUGUGCUUGAUUCAAAGAUCUGCCAAGCACAGGGUCUUGGUGCUGAGCUGUGGGGCGAGGAGUUGGGAAAGGGAUGGGAAGUGCUGCUGAGAGAGGAGGAAAAUGGGGCCGGGUGCCAUUACAUCACACCUGUAAUUCCAACACUGGGAGACCAAGGUGGUAGAUCACCUGAAUUCAGCAGUUUGAGACCAGCCUGGGCAACAUGGCAAAACCCUGUCUCUACUAAAAAUACAAAAAUUAGCCAGGUGUGGUGGCACAUGCCUGUAGUUUCAGCUACCUGGGAGGCUGAGGCAUGAGAAUCACUUGAACUCAGGAGGCAGAGGUUGCAGUGAGCCGAGAUCACACCACUACACUACUCCAGCCUGGGGGACAGAGUGGGACUCUCCCCAAAAAAAAAGGCCGCUUCUCAGCCACUAUGUCUUCAAAUUCAUAAGCAUUGAACUUGGUGAAGCCCCACUUCUUUGAGAUGUGGAUCUUCUGGCGGCCAGGAAACUUGAACUUGGCCCUGCGCAGGGCCUCAAUCACAUGCCCCUUGUUCUGCAGCUUGGUGCGGAUGUACAUGAUUACUUGGCCAAUGUGAACCCUGGCCACAGUGCCCUGGGGCUUUCCGAAGGCAUCUCGCAUGCCUGUUUGGAGCCUACAUUGUGGUAGUGCAAGGUCAGAAACAUGAACAUUCAUCGGAAAGCCCUGUCUCCAAGGUCCCUUAGAGCAACCCAUACAACCAACAGGCUGCGUACACUACCAAGGAAGCUGCUGUGUGCAGCCAUUGGACACACACAUAUAGUUUCUUGGUGGACUUGUCAAUUCAGAAAAUAUCUGUAGUAUCAAUGAAAGUGAAAAAUUCAACAGGUCCUUUGGACACGAUAUUCCACUAAUACAAAUUUAUCCUCGUGCAUAGACAUCAAGAAGCAUUACUAAGUAAAAAAGUAGAGUUCUCUGAUUCUCUACCAAGUCAUUCGCUGGGGCCAGACCCACAGGCCUCGCCCUGCCUCAACCACGCCUUCAUGGCGUGGUCUUCUCCCUGUCUCCGUCCCCCAGCCCCCACCUUCCGAGCGUCUCCGUCGUUCCCCAGCCACGCCCUUGACGCCUGGUCCUGCUGCAGCCUCGUUUCCGUGCCGACCACGUCUUCUCGGCUAGUUCCUCGUCGUCAACCCCGCCCCAAGGUCUCUCCCCGCCCCAGACCCGCCUUCCAGAGGUUGUCCGGGCCUCUACCCGCCCCGCGAGCCUCGUCCCGCCCUAGCCACGCCUCCAAGGCGUGGUUCUCGUCUGCAGCCCCACCUAGGCCUCGCCCCGCUCCAGCCGCGCCUUCCGGGCUUGAUCCUCGCCUCACCCCAGCCACGCCUUCUGGACUUGGUCUUCGUCUCUAGCCCCGCCCCUGAUCCGCACCCCAGUCCCGCCUUCCAGACUUGGUUUCGGUCUCUGGCUCCGCUCCCUGAGCCUUGCCCAACUCCAGCCUCGCCUUCCCGGCUUGGUCCUCGCCUCUAGCCUGGUCCCCGGGUCUCGCCCCUCCCCAGCCACGCCUUCCGGACUUGGUCCUCGUCUCUAGUCCCGCCCUCGGGCGGUGCCCCGCUCCAGCCACGCCUUCCGGGCUCAGUUCUCGUCUCUAGCCCCGCCCCAGGGCCUCGCCACGCUCCAGCUUCGCCUUCUGGGCUAGGUCCUGGUCUCCAGCCCCGCCUCCGAUCCUCACCCCACCGCAGCCACGCCUUCCGGACUUGGUCCUUGUCUCUAGCUGCGCCCCUGAGCUUCGCCUCACUCCGGCCCCGCCUUCCGGACUUGGUCUUAGUUCCCAGUCGCGGCCAAAUCACGCCUCAGCCACGUCCCGCAAGCCUCUCACUGCCUCAACCACGCUUUCCAGGCUGGUUUCUGGUCCCCAUCCGCGGCUGGUCCGGCCCUGGGACCGAAUCACUUCCCAGCGAGAGGAAACUCAAAUUUCUCGACCCGCUACGGGAAGGUCGCGGCCGCCGCCCUGUCAGCCGCCUCGGCGCCCCCAGGAGGACCCCUCGGGUCUCUUUAACCGGAAGCGGAAGUGCGUGUCGGCGGGAUCAUGGCGACUUUGGUGGAACUGCCGGACUCGGUCCUGCUUGAGAUCUUCUCAUACCUCCCGGUACGGGACCGGAUCCGCAUCUCCAGGGUCUGUCACCGCUGGAAGAGGUUGGUGGACGACCGGUGGCUGUGGCGACAUGUCGACCUGACGCUCUACACGAUGCGACCUAAAGUCAUGUGGCACCUCCUUCGAAGGUACAUGGCAUCCCGGCUCCAUUCCCUGCGGAUGGGUGGCUACCUGUUCUCUGGCUCCCAGGCCCCCCAGUUGUCCCCUGCUCUGUUGAGAGCCCUGGGCCAGAAGUGCCCCAACCUGAAGCGCCUCUGCCUGCAUGUGGCUGACCUGAGCAUGGUGCCCAUCACCAGCCUGCCCAGCACCCUGAGGACCCUGGAGCUACACAGCUGCGAGAUCUCCAUGGCCUGGCUCCACAAGCAGCAGGACCCCACCGUGCUGCCCCUGCUCGAAUGCAUCGUGCUGGACCGCGUCCCUGCCUUCCGUGACGAGCACCUGCAGGGCCUGACGCGCUUCCGGGCCUUGCGCUCGCUGGUGCUGGGUGGCACCUACCGUGUGACCGAGACAGGGCUGGAUGCUGGCCUGCAGGAGCUCAGCUAUCUGCAGAGGCUCGAGGUGCUGGGCUGCACCCUGUCUGCCGACAGCACCCUGCUGGCCAUCAGCCGCCACCUCCGAGAUGUGCGCAAGAUCCGGCUGACCGUGAGGGGUCUCUCUGCCCCUGGCCUGGCUGUCCUGGAGGGAAUGCCGGCCCUGGAGAGUCUGUGCCUGCAGGGUCCCCUCGUCACCCCAGAAAUGCCCUCCCCCACUGAAAUCCUCUCCUCCUGCCUCACUAUGCCCAAGCUCAGAGUCCUUGAGCUGCAGGGGCUGGGGUGGGAGGGUCAGGAGGCGGAGAAGAUCCUGUGUAAGGGGCUGCCCCACUGUAUGGUCAUCGUGAGGGCUUGCCCCAAGGAGUCUAUGGACUGGUGGAUGUAACUACUCCACCUGCCCCUGGGACCCAUCCCAGUUUUCAUUGUUGAGCCCCAGAUCCUCUGAGCAGCACCUUGAAGAGGGCAGAUAAUCAGACUUGAGGAAACUGAAAGCCCCAGGUUGCGAGAACAGAGGCCUAGGGACCUCCAGACCUUUGGAAUCACUGUUUGCCAGCUAUGUGGCCUUGGUCAUAUCAUCAGCCUCUGGGAAGUCUAGUUCCCACAUCUGGAAAUAAGGAUGAUCAUAGCUACCUCAUGGUUACAUUGCAAAGCCUUACUCUAAAAGCUCCCAGCCUCCAGAGGCUCUCAAUGAAGAGUCACCUUCAUGGUCGUCCUCAGGAACCGGACGGAUGAAGAAGGGGUGGGGUUAAGACUUAGGGGCACCCGAGGGUCUGAGCCCCCUUAUGAGUACCCAAGAAGGACUGUCUAUGCAUGCACACCCACAAGCCUAUACACCAUUUAUAUACCUACACACACGCAAGAGACGCGGAGAGAUAGGCAAUGCAGACUCGCGAUUCAAUGAUCGAUAUGCUCAUAAAAGUUCUCAAUUAUAUUUUCUGUAUUUUGUAUGCUGUAUUUUCCAAGACGUAUAUUAUUUUGCUAUUAAAGAAAAAAAUCAUUUUUUUUUCCCGAGAA